AUGACAAGCAAUAAUGGAGACGUUGCUGCCAGUAAUCAUAAGUUUGGAGGUUCUAUGCCCAUUAACCACCACCACCUGGAUAAUCCAGCUGUUGUUGGAGGAGUUAUUGGAGGAGUUAUUGGAGGAGUUAUUGGAGGGCUGUUGGUGGCACUUGUUGUUCUAGUCUUGGCUAUAGUGGCUUUUUUCAUCUACAGGAAAAGGAAAAACAGAAGCCAGCCUCCACCUAAUGUUGAUGUCAUCAGUGAUCCUCUCAGCAGAAACAUACCUGUUAAAGUUGAAAAUUAUGAGGACUACUACCACAAGCAUUAUGCAGAUCAAAAUUAUGGUUUUGCACUACAGUUUGAGAAUUUUAAAACUGUUGGAACCACUCAGCCCAAGACUGCAGCACUAUUCCUGGAAAAUCAUGGGAAAAAUCGUUACAAGAAAAUAUUGCCAUAUGAUGAGUUUCGAGUCAAGCUAUCAACUGACGGUAACCUGAAUGAGGACUACAUCAAUGCCAGCUAUUUACCAGGCUAUAACUCAAAGAAAGAGUUCAUUGGUACUCAGGGCCCCCUGCCAAGCACCGUGAAGGACUUCUGGAGGAUGAUCUGGGAGCAGAAUGUGCAGACACUGGUCAUGCUGACACGGUGCAAUGAAAAAGGAAAAGUGAAGUCUGAAAAAUACUGGCCUUCAGAAAUCUCCGAGACUCAUGGAAAUAUACGGGUAUCUCUGAUUUGGGAGACUCCGGCUGAAGAGUGGACAAUCAGAGAAUUAGAGUUGGAAAAUCUGGAAAAUGGUAACAAGCACAAAAUACGACAUUUCCACUUCACUGCCUGGCCAGACCAUGGGGUGCCUGAAAGCACAAACUUGUUAAUUUGUUUCAGGAAUCUCGUAAGGCAACAUGUAGAUCAGACCACGAGGAACUCGCCGACCGUAGUUCAUUGCAGAAUUCACCAUUUAUUUCUCAUUGUAGUGCUGGAGUUGGGCGAACAGGAACAUUAA